AUGGCACUCUUCACAAGAGCCAGCAUCCAUCUUAACACCACCAGCUCUGUUCCCUGUGGAGCAGGUAACACAACAGAACCUGACCUGCCACGCUCACACGCCUACUAUGCCCUCUGUUACUGCAUCCUGAUUUUGGCUAUCAUCUUUGGGAAUGUGCUGGUCUGCUUAGCUGUGCUGAGGGAGCGCACAUUGCAAACCACCACAAACUACCUUGUGGUAAGCCUGGCAGUGGCGGACUUGCUGGUGGCUACUUUGGUGAUGCCAUGGGUGGUGUACUUGGAGGUGACUGGAGGAGUCUGGACUUUCAGCCGCAUGUGUUGCGAUGUCUUUGUCACCAUGGAUGUCAUGAUGUGCACAGCCAGCAUUUUAAACCUCUGUGCCAUCAGCAUUGACAGAUACACUGCAGUGGUGAAACCAGUGCAGUACCAGUACAACACAGGGCAGAGCUCCUGCAGGAGGGUCUCUCUCAUGAUCGUGGUAGUCUGGAUGCUGGCAUUCGCAGUGUCAUGCCCUCUCCUCUUUGGCUUCAAUACUACAGGGGAUCCCAGUGUCUGUUCAAUAUCCAAUCCUGUUUUCAUAAUCUACUCCUCUUUGGUAUCCUUCUACCUCCCCUUCAUGGUGACCCUUCUGCUCUAUGUCCGGAUUUACCUCGUGCUAAGACAAAGGCAAAAGAAGAGAACCCUCACUCGGCAGUGCAGCUACAACGCCAGCACCAAACCAUGUUUUACACACAAAGAACACAUCAAGAGGAAAACUUUGCCAAACAGAUGCCAGGGCCCAUUUUCCCCUUGUUUCCAGCUCAAAUGCUCAGACCACGAGAUGUCUACCAAAAGAAAGUUGCUGACCGCCUUCAGCCUCCGGCAGUACCGCAGCUUCUGCCAAGAUAGAUCUCUCAGCAAGACACCUGGGACUCCACAACACAACAGGCUGGAAGAGAGGAGAAAGAGCAAGAACCCUGGGCUGGAGGUACAGAGGCUCAGUAAUGGGAAAACUGUCAGCUCUCUGAAGGUAGCGCACCAGCAGCCCCGGCUGAUCCAGCUUCGGGAGAGGAAGGCUACACAGAUGCUGGCUAUUGUUCUGGGGACAUUCAUAGUCUGCUGGAUGCCAUUCUUCUUGAUUCACAUCCUCAACACCCACUGCCUGGCCUGCCAUGUGCCCCCAGGGCUAUACAGUGCCAGCACCUGGCUUGGUUAUGUCAACAGCGCCCUCAACCCCAUCAUCUACACCACCUUCAACACUGACUUCCGCAGAGCCUUCCUCAAGAUCCUCUGCUGCUGA